AAGGUAGAGGAGCUCGACUUCAACAAGUUCAAGGGCCGCCCCAUCACCGUCGACGACCUCUACCAAGGCAUGAAGCACAUGGGCUUCCAGGCGUCAUCCAUGUGCGAGGCCAUCCGCAUCAUCAACGAAAUGGUACGAAUCGGUUGACCUUGCUUGCAAACGGCGCCAGAGUACGUCGGCACGGGCGCAGUCCGCACCACUAACUGACUCCAGCGAGCAUGGCGAGACCCGGAGUCCGGAGACAAGACUACCAUCUUCUUGGGCUAUACAUCCAACAUGAUCUCAUCCGGCCUCAGGGGCAUCUUCCGGUACCUUGUCCAGCAGAAACAUGUCUCGGCCAUUGUGACCACAGCAGGAGGGAUUGAAGAAGACUUCAUCAAGUGUCUCGGUGACACCUACAUGUCCUCCUUCAGCGCCGCCGGCGCCGAACUGCGUGCCAAGGGUCUCAACCGGAUAGGCAACCUGGUCGUGCCCAACUCCAACUACUGCGCCUUUGAGGACUGGGUCGUCCCCAUUCUCGACAAGAUGCUGGCAGAGCAGGAGGCCAGCCGUGGGACCGACGACGAGGUCAACUGGACGCCCUCCAAAAUCAUCCACCGUCUCGGCAAGGAGAUCAACGAUGAGCGGUCCGUCUACUACUGGGCGUACAAGAACGACAUCCCCGUCUUCUGUCCUGCAUUGACGGACGGCAGUCUCGGCGACAUGCUGUACUUCCACACCUUCAAGUCCUCGCCCAAGCAGCUCAGGGUAGACAUUGUCGAGGACAUCCGCAAGAUCAAUACCAUUGCCGUAAGGGCGCACCGCGCUGGCAUGAUCAUUCUGGGUGGCGGAGUGGUCAAGCAUCACAUCGCGAACGCGUGCUUGAUGCGGAACGGGGCUGAGUCGGCGGUGUAUAUCAAUACCGCCCAGGAGUUUGACGGGAGUGAUGCUGGGGCGCGGCCAGACGAGGCCGUGUCAUGGGGCAAGAUUAAGGUUGGGGCAGACGCAGUCAAGGUGUACGUCGAGGCUACAACUUGCUUCCCAUUCAUCGUAGCAAACACUUUUGCAAAAGACGACCAAUAGGACUACACUUUACCCGUCCACCUUUCUCCGGUUACAAUCACACGGAUAGAUGGCUCCUGCUGAUCAAGCAGAGUUGCUUGCCACUCCCAAAUCCAAAACGAUCUGACCUAGCAAGCAAGCUGGACACCCGAGAAUUGCUCUUAUACAUCGACAUGUGCUUGGACAAUCGUAAAGUGCCCUCGCAGAAGUCUUGUCACCUCUGUUUAUAUGUAAAUGAACGAGAAAGCGUCUGCAGCUUAAGAAUGUGAGUCUCUAGCCAAGAUAGUCCCAUAGAUGUAUUGUGG